GGCAUUUCCUCCAUCAUCAAACAAAGUAUCACCUCUCCUUCUCUCUCUCUCUCUCUCUCUCUCUCUCUCUGUGAACAAGUUUGUGGGAGUAUAUAUAUCUUGAGAAACAUUUGGCUUGCAAACCUCUAAAAACCCUUACCCUCCUUCCCUUUCCGUAUUUCUGGUUGUUUGUUCGUGGAUCUAUCUGGGAAGCCAAAGCGGCUCGAUCGCCAUGGAUGAAGAGUAUGACGUCGUAGUUUUGGGUACGGGUCUCAAGGAAUGCAUCCUUAGCGGCCUUCUCUCCGUUGAUGGCCUCAAGGUCCUGCACAUGGAUAGGAAUGACUAUUAUGGAGGAGAAUCAACAUCACUUAAUCUUGUUCAGCUCUGGAAGAGGUUCAGAGGAAAUGAUAAGCCUCCAGCACAUUUAGGCUCUAGUAGGGAUUAUAAUGUGGACAUGAUCCCUAAGUUUAUGAUGGCAAACGGCACUCUUGUACGCGUACUCAUUCAUACAGAUGUUACUAAGUAUUUGUACUUCAAAGCUGUUGAUGGUAGCUUCGUCUACAAUAAAGGAAAGAUUCACAAGGUUCCAGCAACUGACAUGGAGGCACUCAAAUCUCCACUGAUGGGUAUAUUUGAAAAGCGCCGAGCUCGCAAGUUCUUCAUUUAUGUUCAAGAUUAUGUUGAAAGUGAUCCCAAAACACAUGAUGGGAUGGACUUGACCAGAGUGAAAACUAGAGAACUAAUUGCAAAGUAUGGUCUUGAUGACAACACUGUGGACUUUAUUGGUCAUGCAUUAGCGCUUCACAGAGAUGAUCGCUACCUUGAUGAACCUGCACUAGAUACCGUGAAGAGAAUAAAGCUUUAUGAGGAGUCCCUUGCACGUUUUCAAGGAGGAUCCCCAUACAUAUAUCCUUUGUAUGGAUUGGGAGAGCUCCCCCAGGCGUUUGCACGUCUUAGUGCUGUUUAUGGUGGGACAUAUAUGUUGAACAAGCCUGAGUGUAAGGUUGAGUUCGAUGAGGAAGGCAAAGUUGUUGGUGUCACAUCAGAAGGGGAAACUGCUAGGUGCAAAAAAGUUGUUUGUGAUCCUUCAUACUUGCCGAACAAGGUUAGGAAGGUUGGCCGGGUUGCAAGGGCAAUUGCCAUAAUGAGCCACCCCAUCCCCAACACCAACGAUUCUCCUUCAGUGCAGGUUAUCCUGCCGCAGAAGCAGUUGGGACGCAGAUCGGACAUGUACCUUUUCUGUUGCUCUUACUCCCACAAUGUUGCUCCAAAGGGAAAAUUUAUUGCAUUUGUAUCAGCAGAGGCAGAGACUGAUCAUCCUGAGACUGAACUUAAGCCAGGAAUUGACCUUCUGGGACCUGUCGAUGAGAUAUUCUUUGAUAUUUAUGACAGAUUUGAACCAGUCAAUGAACCAUCUCUGGAUAAUUGCUUCAUAUCCACAAGUUACGAUCCAACAACUCACUUUGAGUCGACUGUCACAGAUGUACUCAACAUGUAUAGCAUGAUAACUGGAAAGAUUCUUGAUCUCAGUGUGGAUUUAAGUGCUGCCAGUGCUGCAGAAGAAUGAGGAUUGACGAACACUACUUUUGGUGCUUGAACUGAUAAUUCUGCUUUAUUCCAAGUUCCUCAAGAGUGUCAAAGUUGCCAGUCAAGAAAGUCGCAUUAUGCCUCGUCUGUCUUGUUUUCUUUUUCUGUCUUAGACCAUAUAUUAUUGUGAUAAAAUGUUGUUGUCAUACGUACUCCAUGUGUAGAUUUAAGACAUGCAUCAGAAGAUGCACUUAUGGUGGCAGCUUUGAAAUGAAACUUACUUAGAAUUGCAUUGUA